AUGCGCAAGGGCUACACACUACUGCCAGAAGAGGAGCUGGAAUCUCUCUGCGACUCAAACACAUCGCACGUUUUGGCUGUGAACAGCAUAGAGCUGGGAAAAAAGACGCCUAUUGCACUGCCGCUUUUUGUGGCCGACGAGGCUGCGGUAGAUAUGGUGGCUGGCAGCGUGCCUAUAGACGAUGCGCUGUGCGCCUUGGCGCAGGAUGUCGCUGGCGGAAGCGCGCAGAAAGGGUACAGCAGCGACGAAAUAGAGUACACGCUGGAGAUAGACCUGGCCAGCAUCCAGGAGAGAUAUGAGAUGAUAGGCAUUGAGAAAGAGGAGAGCGAGGUCGACAAAAUAGACAGGGCGGGGCAGUACAUAUACGAAAUCACCGCGGACAGCGCAAAGUACAUAGCGAAGUGCGCGACAGUGGACAACAACUCGUACAUAGUUCUGUCGGACGAGGGCAACAUAUACAGCAUAAACCAGUCGUGCACCGUGCGCAAGCCCAGCGACAAAAGGCUAGAGGAGUGA